CCCUCUCUGGCUCAAGAGAAACCUGGAGUCUUCAGAGCUCUGCUUUGGCAAUGGCCAAGCUCACAGUCACCCCAAGGACAUCCCUUGUUGAUGAACCAGUGAAAAUCCAUGUCUCUGGCUUGGCUCCCUCUGAGCUGGUGACCCUCCAAGCCUCUUUGACAGAUGAGAAGGGGGUGCUUUUCCAGUCCAGAGCUUUCUACAGGUCUGAUGAGGCUGGUGAGGUUGAUUUGGAGCAAGCUGCUGCUCUGGGAGGAGAUUAUGCUGGCGUGCACCCCAUGGGUCUUUUCCAGUUCCUGAAACCAGAAAAGAUGUUUCACAGGUUGAUGAAACGAGAUGUGAUGCAGAGUCCAUUCCACGUGAGCCUGGAUUUGUUCAGCUCAUUCCACUUGGUUUCCACACCCCAUGAUCAGCCUGUGACAAGCCAGACUGUGGAAAGAUGGCAUGUGGCACCGGGAGUCCAAUGAAUCCUGAUCAGUGACAGCAGAGUGCAUGGGGCCCUCUUCCUCCCACCAGGAGAAGGUCCUUUCUCAGGACUGAUUGACCUGUUCGGCAGUGUGGGUAGACUCAUUGAAUUUUGAGCCAGUCUUCUCGCCAGUCGUGGUUUCGCUGCACUUGCCCUGGCGUACUUUGGUUAUGAAGACCUGCCUGAGAUGCUAGUUGAGGUGGAUCUGGAAUACUUUGAGGAAGCCGUCAACAUCCUCUUGAGACACCCCAAGGUAGGAGGGCCGGGGGUUGGCUUGGUCUCAAUAUGCAAAGGUGCUGAGAUUGCACUGGCCAUGGCAUCAUUUUUGCCCAACAUCAAAGCAGUAGUUUCCAUUAACUCAACCCAUGCCCUCCAUGGGAUGCCGCUCCGCUACCGGAAUCUGCACAUCAAUCCAAUCCCUUACAAGAUAGAAUGCAUCAGGUUCACACCCUUGGGACUAAUGGAACUCUCUAACAUGGUUGAUGUCAUUCACACUGAAGAAAGUCAAGAGAGCAUCCUACCUGUAGAACAAACCGAGGCCAAAAUCCUCUUCAUUGUGGGGGAGAAUGACAGGAACUACAACAGCAAAGCAUUUGCCGAGAAAGUGAUGGAGAGGAUGAGGAGGCAUGGAAGAAAGAACUACAGAAUGCUUUGCUAUCCAGGUCCCGGACACCUGAUUGAGCCGCCAGGAUCACCUUUCUGCCACCACUCAUGGAGCUUCUUUUUCUUCAGGCCUGUGGUAUGGGGAGGGGAAGCCCAGUCCCAUGUUGCAGCACAGGAGCAUUCCUGGAAGGAGAUCCAGAAAUUCCUCUGGCAACACCUCUACCCAGCUGGAAGCAGCAGGCUUUGAAUACAGGGAGGCACAGACCAAGGAAUAUCUGUGCUCCUGCCUUCCAGGUACCUAAUCAAUAAAUACUGGGAAGAAGCUGCCAUUUGGGAGCCUCACCACAUGGAAAUUCACCACACCAGAUAUUAAAAGCAUUUCCAAUCACUUCA